AUAUCACAAUCCAAUGAAAUGUAAGCCAUAUAAUAUCUAUCUCAUCUUAUAAAAUAUACUUCAAAAUCAAAAUUUAAUAAGAGAAUACCAAAUCCACGCAAUAUAAUCGAAACCAACCAACUCGUGGUUACGGCGACAGUCACGGACUCGCCGCCUUCAUCACUGUAAUCAGCAGAUGGCGUCCUCCAUCUCCCUCCCUUCUCCCCAAUCUCCCCUUCUCAAAUCCACCUUCCUCGGCCGAACUACCCGCCGCUUUCAUCUCCACCGCCAAUUUCCCCUUCCCCGUCGCGCAUUACCGAGCCAUCACACUUCCCGGCCUUCCGCCGCCUUCGAUUUGGCCCAGCUUCUCGGCGGAAGAGGCCUUUGCAAUGGCGAGAAAGGUCUCAAUGAGGAACUGAAGCGAAACGUGGUGGAGGAAACAAUCGGCGCCGAAAUUCCGGAAACAACCGAGAAAUUAGCCGUCGAUAAGGUUCCGGAAGAUGGAUUCGACAAGGAAUUGAUGGGAUUAACCGGCGGAUUUCCUGGCGGAGAGAAAGGACUACGGAAAUUCAUAUCGGAAAAUCCUCCUCCUCCGCCUCCGAAACCUUCCGCUUCAAAAUCCAUCGAAAUCGGUGCGAUUCCGAGUUCGCAAAAACCAAAACCACCGGAUCUGCCGCUGUUGCUACCCGGAAUGAUCGCGAUUGUGAAGAAUCCGAACAGUCCAUAUUAUAUGUACUGCGGAAUUGUACAGAGAAUCACAGACGGAAAGGCAGGAGUUCUUUUCGAAGGAGGAAAUUGGGAUCGAUUGAUUACGUUUCGGCUGGAGGAGCUUGAACGAAGGGAAAAAGGACCUCCGAUGAAGAAUCCAAGAUCGGCUGUUCUUGAACCUCUUCUUCAAAAGGAUUCCCAAUAAUUCCGAUGGGCUCCGGUGAAUUUCUGUUUAGUUCUCUGUUUGUUUUCCUGGAAUUCCGACUUGGAAUAAAUGUGUGAAUAUUCCCAAUCGAUGAAGCAUCUUCAUUUUAACUAA